AUGGGGAAUGAGUCCAACACCUCAGUGUUCACCUCCACCUUAUCGGAGACAGAAGACCUGAUUUUUGGCACUCUCUAUUUAGUCUUUGGCAUCAUGUCCCUGUCUGGGAACUCCCUGCUGCUGCUGGUGGCCCAUCAGAAGAGGUCCCUGCUGAAACCUGCCGAGUUCUUCAUUGUCAACCUGGCCAUCAGUGACCUGAGCAUGACGGUGACGCUCUUCCCCUUGGCCAGCUCCUCCUUCUUUGCACACAGGUGGCUUUUCGAGCGGGCCCUGUGCACCCUCUACGCGUUCUGCGGGGUUCUGUUCGGGCUGGGCAGCCUGGGCAGCCUGGCGGUGCUCAGCGCCGUGUGCUGCCUGAAGAUCUGCUUCCCGGCAUAUGGGAGCAGUUUCUCACGGAGGCACGCCGUGGGGCUGCUGCUGGCCAUCUGGGCCUACGCCCUGGCCUUCGCCACCGCGCCCCUGGCCCGCUGGGGCGGCUACGGCCCCGAGCCCUACGGCACAGCCUGCUGCAUCACCUGGGAGGCCUCCAGCAGGGAGGCCACGCUCUACAUCCUCGCCCUCUUCAUCUUCUGCUACCUCCUGCCCUGCCUGCUCAUCCUGCUGUCCUACACACUGAUCCUGUGGACGGUCUGGGUGUCACGGAGAGCUCUGCGGCAGCACACGGCGCCCCGUGCUGCAGGAGACUCACAGCACUGCCAUCUGCUCCUUCUCCAGCUGAGCGUGGCCGUGUGCCUGGGGUUCCUGGCUGCCUGGACCCCCUACGCCGUGGUUGCGCUGUGGGCACUGCUGGGGGACGCCAGCCAGGUGCCAGCGCUGGCCUUCGUGCUCUCGGCCGUCUGUGCCAAGUCCUCGACGCUCUACAACCCGCUGGUGUACCUGCUCUUCAAGCCCAACUUCCACAAGUUCCUCUCCAAGGACAGGGUGCUCCUGCAGGCGCUGCGCACCCUCCUGUGCUGCGGCUGCCGGGGCGCUGCGCUCCAGCCCUUCCCGUCCCCGGGCUUGGGCGGCCGCCCCGGCGCUCGCAGAAGCUGCGCUGAUGCUCUGGAACGUUUCAGUGCCUUCCCUGGGAGCUGCACACCCCCCCAGGGGCCCCCUGGCCGUGCUGGCCGGUGGAGCUGCCCAGCAGCCGGGGCUGAGGAGGACGGUGCAGGUGAUGGUGCUGCUCACGCCGAGGUGGCCAGGCCCGGGCACUGCCAGCGUGGCGGGGGAAGCCCUGCCCUCGGCCAUCGCCAAGGACCUGCUCUGAGCCCGGCCCUGCCCAGCUCUGUUCUACCAGAGCACUGGAACACAAAUGCAGCAUUCUCUCACCCCCAUGCCCGGCGGGUCCCAGAUGUUCCACAUGUGAAGUGAUGUGAAGAUAUAAGACCAACCCCUUUGUUUGGCUCUUGCAGCUCUGAGCUUGGUGUUUGCACUCCCAAAAACAAGAACAAAAAUAGACCCCGGUGCCUGAGAUGUGCCCGGGGUACAGCCCAGUCUCUCCUGCAGUUUGCUCUCUGGGCCCUUGGCCUAUGUUUUUCCAAACUGGUGCUCUGAUGGCCAAGUAGGAACUUGGAACUUAAAAAUUGUGGCUGGCAGGGUGGGCUGGGGGCCAUGAGGGACAUCUACCUCCAGGACCAGCUCCUAAAACCCCGUAACGUCCUCUUCUCCUGAUGGGGAGUGGGACUGUCCAUCACAGCUAUCUCACCUGGGAUUACAAAGCACCUCCCUACAGGUCUCAGGGACUGCUCUCUGUGCCAGCUGUGCCACCCCGCUCUGUCCCCCUGUGUGAAAGUCACCACUGUCCUACAGACAGAAAUGGGAGCUUUAGA